AUGUGCUGCUCCAUUCAAACAUGUGUUUUUAAAUAUCUGCAUGUAAUAUUCCAUGUGCAAGUAUUUGAUGUCUUUUUCUUCACUGGCUUGUCGCAAGUAAGGGUAUAUAUCAGUAUUAGUAUCUUUUUAAAAGUCCUUUUCCCUCCCUGUUUAACAGAGGAAAGGAGGUUUCGGCACUUCGUGCAAGGGAAAAAAAAAGAAGGGAGAGAAGAGGAGGGGGGGAGGGAGGGGAACAUGUCUGGCUUCCCGCCUCCGUCUCUGGUUAGCGGUGACGAUGAGAGUGACGCGAAAGGAAACAGAUCGAUGCUGCGCUCCGUGGAAUCAACCGAAGCCGCAUGUGCUGCCGUUGUAGCAGGUCCUGUUGUUGACAUUUCAAAUGCCACUCUCAUGUGCCGACGUGGUGUUCAUGACAGGAUCCGUCGAACUUACUGGAAGUUGAUGAUUGGACUUUUUCCACAUGAUGUAACUGGGUGGGAAGCGAUUGAGAGUAAGAAGGCGAGUGAGUAUAAGGAGCUUGUGCGUCUUAUAUGCACGCUAGACGAAAAUAAUAACGUCGUUAUCUGUGAGAAUAGUAACCGUGAAAUUGAUAUUGACAUCCCGCGCACAAUGCCCACUAUGCAUUUUUUCAAUUUGGAGCGUGACUUCACGGUGAUAGAGGGCAUCCCCACAACCUUUUCCCCAAUGCAGCAAUGUCUGCGUCGCAUCCUUCACACCUUCGCUGGGGUUAAUAAAGGGUUUGGCUACGUACAAGGCAUGAAUGAGCUCGUGGGCCACUUGCUCUUUGCCUUCACGUGUGGUGAACCUUCUGCCGUUGACGAAACUGUGGAGGCGGACGUGUUCUUUUUCUUCCAGAGAAUGCUCUCACACCUAGGGGAUGAUUUCUGUCGUACUCUUGACUUUGACAAGAACACGGGAGUUAUGAGUACCAUUAGAAAUUUUGAGCGCAUCGUCCAGUUUGUAGACCCAGAACUUUGGGAUCACCUGGAGACCAACGAAAUACGCUCCGAGUUUUAUGCAUUUCGUUGGUUAACCCUGCUGUUCACUCAGGAGUUUAAUGUUCCCGAUGUGUUUAGGAUAUGGGAUUUUAUUUUUUCUUUUGGGGAAGAUAUAUGUGGCGUAGUUAUUUACAUUGCCGCUGCCAUGUUGGUGUAUAAGCGGGAUGAUAUACUGGCGUUGGACCAUUUAGGCACUAUUCUUCCAUUCUUGCAAUCAUAUCCCUCGUGCGACGUCGUCGAGUUUCUAGACAUCGCAUCGACUUGGGUGAUGCGGUUUGGAUUUCAACCAAUCGCGUGGUUAAAGUCGGGGAGUCGUGAGGAUGCAAACAAAUUGCGUGAACGCUACAAAUUUAGCGGUGCUGGUGGCCCGUCUUGGAAGGAAAAUUUGACAGGUUGGGUCUCUUCUAUGUGGAAAUCGUAG